UCGCGAGAGGAACAACACCUUCCCGGCUGGGCUAGUAUCCGCCAAAACUUCGACAAAAUGUCGAACCAGUCUUUCCUCAACCAAGCAGCCCCCGAAAAUUAUGUCGCAGGUCUCGGCCGUGGUGCAACUGGCUUUACGACGCGAUCCGACCUGGGCCCUGCGCGCGAAGGGCCAAGCGAAGACCAAAUCAAGGAGGCCGUCGCCAAGAGAUCCGCACAGCUCGGUCUAACAGGCGACAAGAAAGGAAAAAAGGAGGAGGCCAAAGAUGUGGACGACGGCAGGUAUCAAGACCCGGACAACGAGACGGGUCUGUUCUCUGGUGGCAUCUACGACAAGGACGAUGAGGAAGCCGACAGAAUAUGGAAGGAGGUGGAUGACAAGAUGGCAAAGCGCCGUCAGAAGCAAAGGGAGGCCCGCGAAAAAGCCGAGCGGGAAGAAUACGAACGCAAGAACCCCAAGAUCCAGCAGCAGUUCUCCGACCUCAAGCGAGCGCUCGGGAGCGUCACGGACGAGGAAUGGGCGACGCUACCCGAGGCCAAGGACUUUACCGGCAAGAACAAGCGAGCCAGGACUGCAGCCCACCAGAGAUUCUAUGCUGUGCCAGAUAGCGUGCUCGCAGCCGCCCGCGACUCGUCAGAGAUGACGACGACGGUCAACGACGACGGUGGCGCCUCUACAACUAGUGACGGGACCAUGACCAAUUUCGCAAAGAUCGGUGCGGCCCAGAACAAGGUGCUGCAGUCUCGACUAGACCAGGCAUCGCAAGCAAGCGGCAUGGCUAGCUCCUUGGGCACAUCGACCAGCGUGGACCCCAAAGGCUACUUGACAUCUCUUGGAAAGCUAGAGUCGGCAGAGCAGGUCAGUGUGGGUGAUGUCGACUUUGCGCGCAAGCUCCUCAAGUCGGCCACCGAGUCAAACCCCACAAACGCGCCGGGCUGGAUUGCAGCGGCACGAGUGGAGGAGCUUGCGGGCAAGUUCGUCGCGGCGCGCAACAUAUUGGCGCGCGGGUGCAAACACUGUCCUAAGAGCGAAGACUUGUGGCUGGAGAACAUUCGACUCAACGAGGGACGCAACGCCAAGAUCAUUGCCGCGGAUGCCAUCAAGGCCAACAUGCGAUCAGUCAGGUUGUGGGUCGAGGCCAUGAAGCUCGAGUCGGAUCCCAUGUCAAAGAAGAGGGUUAUUCGACGUGCGCUGGACCAUAUCCCCGAGUCCGAGGCGCUGUGGAAGGAGGCAGUGAACUUGGAGGAUGACCAGGACAACGCUCGCCUGCUGCUUGCCAAGGCGACCGAGUUGAUUCCUGCCUCCAUCGACCUGUGGCUCGCGCUCGCCCGGCUCGAGACGGUUGAUGGAGCCAAGGCGGUACUGAACAAAGCGCGCAAGGCCAUCCCGACAUCACAUGAGAUCUGGAUUGCGGCCGCUAGACUACAGGAGCAGAUUGGUUCAGACCCGAACGGUAUCGUCAUGCAAAAGGCCGUCGCAAAGCUCGCAGAGCUUGGAGCCAUGCCGAAGCGAGAGGAAUGGAUCGGCGAGGCAGAAAAGUGCGAGGAAGAAGGCGCCGUCAUCACUUGCAACAACAUUAUACGGGAGACGCUAGGAUGGGGAUUGGACGAGGAUGACGAUCGCAAAGACACGUGGAUGGAGGAUGCCAGGGCGAGCAUUAACAGGGAAAAGUACGCUACGGCCCGAGCAAUUUACGCGUAUGCGCUCAGGGUGUUUGUCAACAGCAAGACUCUGUGGUUGGCCGCCGUGGAUCUAGAGAGGAAUCAUGGCACCAAGGAGGCCUUGUGGCAGGUUCUCGAAAAAGCAGUCGAGGCCUGUCCGCACAGCGAAGUGCUCUGGAUGAUGCUGGCCAAGGAGAGGCUCCUCGCCGGGCAGCUCAACGAGGCGCGCCUGGUUCUGGGUCGGGCGUUCCAACAGAACCCCAACAACGAGGACAUUUGGCUCGCCGCCGUAAAGCUCGAAGCGGAUCACAACGAGAUCGACGAGGCGCGGCGGUUGCUCACAGUGGCACGGCAAAAUGCACCUACAGAUCGCGUCUGGAUGCGCAGCGUGGCGUUCGAGCGGCAGCUGGACAACAAGGAUGCUGCCCUGGAGUUGGUGCAGGAGGCUUUGCAGCUCUUCCCGGCGGCACCGAAGCUGUGGAUGAUGAAGGGGCAGAUCUACGAGGAUAUGGGCCAGGUGCCGCAGGCCAGAGAGGCGUAUGGCACGGGCGUCAAGGCGGUGCCGUCUUCGGUCCCGCUCUGGCUUCUCUACUCGCGGCUCGAGGAGCGCAACAAAAACGUGGUCAAGGCGCGCAGCGUGUUGGACCGAGCGCGGCAGGCGGUCCCAAAGUCGCCGGAGCUGUGGUGCGAGCUGAUCCGAGUCGAACGGCGGGCGGGCAACACAACGCAAGCCAAGAACCUCAUGGCGACGGCGCUGCGGCAGAUGCCGCGCAGCGGACUGCUGUGGAGCGAGCGUAUCUGGCACCUCGAGGAGCGGACCAAGCGCAAGCCGCUCUCGCUCGAGGCCAUCAAGCAGGUCGAGACGGACCCGCAACUCUUCGUCUCGGUCGCACGCAUCUUUUGGGGCGAGCGUAAGCUGGACCGGGCGCAGACGUGGUUCGAGAAGGCGUUGCUGCUCGACGGGGACGUUGGCGACUCGUGGGCCUGGUACUACAAGUUUUUGCUCCAGCACGGGACCGAGGAGAAGCGCGCCGAUGUGGUCGCCAAGUGCGUCGCCGUCGACCCGCGACACGGGGAGCACUGGCAGCCCGUUGCCAAGGAUCCCAAGAACGCGAAGAAGAGCGUCGAGGAAAUUCUCACACUUGUUGCUGCGUCUCUGGGGACAAGGUGA